UUGCUUUGCAGUAGUGUAAGGGCCUAAACACAAUGCCAGGCAAUAGGAACAGAAAUAAUGAAAGAGAGAAAGAGAGAAAGGAUCUUCUCUCUUUCUUUCUUUCUUUAUUUCUUGUUCCUAUUGCCUGUUGCCUGGCAUUGUGUGAUGACCUUAACGAAAAAGAACAGAUCAUAUGGUUAGAGGUUAGAGGUCAGAGAGCAUAUAAAAUCAUGCAGUAUCACGAUUCACAACAAAAGCGCUUGAGGGAGGCUUUUCGCACUGAUUGUCAGACAUUAAUAACACGCUUUGAGCUGUCUUACAACACUCACUUUCAGAACUUUUGUGAAAUUUGGAAAGAAAUGCAGUUUGGUUUAGUUUUUGCUUAUCAUCCUACUGAAGUGACUUUAACGGAAUUUUGUGAAGACGCUCUUUGCAUAACAAAACAAUUUCUGGUAAACGCAUCUAGUUUAAAAGAACGUAUCGGAGCUCUGUAUCUUACAUACGGAGUAUACUAUAAAAUCCCAAUGAAACAACUGAAGAUCAGAAUGACUAUGUCGGAUUGGAGUUGUUUGAUGGAAUUGCACAGUCAAAUAAAAGAGGAAGAAUAUCUUGACGCUAAUUACAUCUUAUGCAAGCUGAUUGUUGAUCGUGUAUUUAUUCAUUGCAUUGGCGAUAGAGAGUAUGGUAUCGAAAAGCAAUUCUAUCGAAAACAGCCUGAACAACCUAAACUAGACGUAAAUUUAAUGCCAGAAAUCAAGGAAUUAGCGGCACCAGAAAAGCUUUUAUCAACUAUUAGCAAACUGAGUAAGGUCUACGAAAAAAAGAAGCGCAUUUUGUACGAUGCAGAGGGAGAUUCUGGCCUGCAACUUUAUGAUGCAAACAUGGCAGAUAAUAUUGUCAAUGACAUUCGCACGAUACAAUCAGAGAGUAGAAUAUUUGUCAAAUCUUAUGUACCAAACACCAGCUAUAAUAAGCCAUCAAUGGUAUUAUCAACAUCAGCAUUAAACGAAACAGUUCAGAAGGAUCAAAAACGCAUUCGAGUUCGCAAGAAUCAAGUUCUGUCCAAAUUAGGCAGAGCAUUUGAGAAAGGAUUACAAUCUGAAGAAGAAUCAGAUGUGGAAGAGAUGUAAAGACUACUUAGUAUCUCUUUGUAAAAAAUGUGUAGAAAAUUAUAAUAGUUCAAAACUAGAGAAUAGUUCAAAUACAAAUAAGAUGAAAGAUAUUUAAAAUAUAUAAACUUUUCUUUAAUUUGUGAUUUAGCUGCAUUAAAAUUUGCAUUAUGCAUAUAGUGCAUAAAGAGUGAAAUUCUGCUUGGAAUUGUAAUCUUAAGCUUAAAGCCUUCGUUUUUUUUAAAUUUAAGCUUUUUACAAUAAGGAUUUUGUUAUGCGUUGAGUUAAGUUUAUUUUUAACUACGAACUUAGGUUUAUGGAGUAUUUACCAUAACGUAACAUGUUAUGGAUAUACUUAUGUGGAAGCUCUAAUAAAACUCUGUGAUAAUUUCAUGACAUUUUUCUUUCCAAGAGACAAUUAAAGAAGAUAAUUUAACUAAAGAAAUAAUAUGGUAUGAGUGUUAAUAUGUGUUUUAGAAAAUUAGGAUAUCCCUAAACUGGUAAUAAAUGUUUUAAUGAUAAACUUUUUGUAAUAUUUUUUAAGAUAAAAAUUCUAAUAGAAAAAUGUCGAAGCUAUAAUAGUUUUCAAAUACAAAGUUUAAAGAUUACGAAUGAUAAGACUAGAAUUUUGCGCGCUCAGAUGUAACAAAUUGAUAAAUAAUAAAGAUAUUUCUGUGAAGCACAUUGUAAUCCUUACAGACAGUAAAAGUACAAUCUCAGCAUUAAACAAAUAAAGUCACCACAAACCAUAAUAAUUAUAUUUUAGAAAUAAGACACUAGUACUUCCAAAUAAUAAAGACAAUAGGAAAAUAAUAAUUUGCUGGAUACCCGCACAUAAAGAAAUCUGGGGAAACAAAAAAAC